GGUUCAUUCCAAAUCCAUGACAGGAAAAACCGGUGUUUACACACUAGAGAGAGGAAGCGUAUUUUGUGUUUGUAGCUUGCUUGCUUGCUACUUUGUUAAGCGUUAAAAUGGUCUGUGCACACUUGCUGAAAUUUGUUGAAAUGUAAAUAACUUAUUAUUAUUUGGAACUCAGAAACUAUCGUAGACGUUUUAGGCGAACACAGUCCACAGAAACUUGAAAAAGCAGGUCGCCAUCAAUGGCUAGCUAUCAAGCUAGCUAGCAAUACCCCAGAAAGAAGUGACACACAGGCCCUAUUGCAGUGUCUCUGGGGAGACCAUGGGGUCAGAGAGCAGUGCUCUGAGGAGCUGCACUUUGGAGGAGCCUCUCCUUACCCUCCCAUCAGGACUGACUAUGUACUCCGCCCAGCUCCAGGACGGCAAGCCAGCGUCUGUGUUUGUUCACAAACAGGGCAACGAAGACAAAGUCAGUAAAGCUGCAAAGCACCUGAAGACCCUGAGGCACCCGUGCUUGCUGCGCUUUCUGUCCUGCUCGGUGCAGGACGGGGGGGUUCACUUGGUGACAGAGCGUGUGCAGCCCUUGGAGCUGCUGCUGGAGAACCUUACUCCUGAGGAGAUCUGUGCUGGAAUCUAUGACCUUUUGCAAGCCCUCGUCUUCCUUCACGACAGAGGGAAAUCUAGCCACAACAACGUGUGCGUUUCAUCAGUCUUUGUCAGUGAAGAUGGCCACUGGAAACUUGGAGGAAUGGAUACUGUCUGCAAGUUUUCUGAAGCAACGCCUGAGUUCCUUAAAGGCAUUCAAAAUGUGAGAGAGAAAACUGCAGUUCCACCUGAGGAGAGGAUUGAUAGCUUUAAAACACUGCCAGACAAGUACGGACAUUCAAGAGAUUCCUUUUCAUUUGGAGUGAUGGUUGAAAACAUUAUUCCACGUCUGAACAGCUAUGUGUCUGAGGAGCUGUUGGAGAGUUUUAAGCGCACCCUGCACCAGAGCCUUCUGAACCCAGACCCCUUCUCUCGCCCAUCUCUCAGCAGCCUGCUGACUCAUGAGUUUUUCAGGAACGACUUUCUUGAAAUAGUGAAUUUCCUGAAGAGUUUGACUAUGAAAACAGAGGAAGAGAAGAAUGAAUUCUUCAAGUUUCUCCUGGACCGGGUCCAGAGCCUUCCUGAGGAGCUGAUUGCAGACCGUCUCAUCCCAAAAAUCCUGAACUCCCUGGUGUUUGCAGAACCCACUGCCGUAAAGAGUUUCCUCCCUCAUGUCCUCAGGCCAAAGAAGGAUUCGGGUAGCAGCAGCGAGGACUGCCUCCUGUCAGUGCCCCUCUACCGUAAAUAUGUGAUCCCCCAGCUUCUGAAACUGUUCCGGGUUAAUGAGGAACACUUAAGAAUGGUGCUGUUGUUGCACAUUGAGGUCUAUGCUGAUCUCUUCUCUCACGAUGAACUGAAGAAUCAGAUACUACCUCAGAUUUUGCUUGGAAUGAGAGACACAAAUGAUUCACUAGUUGCCAUGACGCUGCAGAGCCUUGCAGUGCUUGUUCCCUUACUCGGGGCUCAGGUGGUGGUAGGUGGAGAAAGAGCGAAAGUAUUCAAAAGGACGACGCCCAACUUCACCAAGUCAACCGAGGUCACCCCAGAAAGCUCUCCUAUUCACAUUGUUGACACGUUACCUCCGCAAAUCUCCAAACCAUCCAAAAUCCUUAAACUUUUUAAUAAGCCCUCUGGAAGCAGAGAGGUGGUGCUGGAGAACAUGGACUGCCUGCGUUCUGGAGAGAGCUCUGCUGAAUUUGAAGUGGAAACAGAAUCAGUCAAAGUAAUCCGCAGAGACAUGACUUUACCCCUGAAUGGAUUCAGUGAAGGAAGAGCUGUGGUUGAGGAACCGGCCUACACUCUAGACAGGCCUGACCGACCAGCUGAGGAAUGGCCGGAUUGGAGCGAUGCAGACGAGGUGGACAAGGACAAAGACUGUCCUGUGCAGAUCCAUCUCCAGGCAAUGGAAAAGCAGGAAAGUGCCAACGCCAACACCGUGGCCGGGUCUCUUGAGGAAGAGGAGCCCUGGGAUGACUUUGAGGAAUCGGAAGUGACCUCGGAUCAGUCCCCUACAGCACCAGCCUGGGACUCCACACCUCCAUCGCAGGGUGCCUCUGGAAGAAACCCUGGCUUAGAGUCAGCAAAGAGUUCAAAAGCCCUGAAGCUGACCAUCUCUAAAACUGUAACCGAGAAGAAGCCCACAGCAUGGGACAGUAGCUGGGACCAGGAGGGUGACGCGAAACCAAAUAUACUAUCGAAAGACUCGGCUAAGAUAAACCACACACGAAAAGACACAGGGAGUGGGGGUUUGGGAGAGGAGUUCACGAUUGAAGUGAAAAAGAAGCCAGAGAAGGACCCCGAAAUGGAUUUUUUUGCUGACAUGGUCCCAGAUAUUAAAAUGUCCUCGGCAUCUUUGUUAAUGCCCUCUGAAAGGACCAUCUCCAGUUCUGGACUUUUUACAGCUGAAGCCUCCCAACACACCAAGCCUACAGAUUUGGAUCCAUCAAUAGACCCGCAAACACUCACAGCGAAGUUUGCAGCAGCUGAAGUCGAAACAGAAGCAGCAGGUUGGGGUGAUGGUGACGAUCUGAACUGGGAGGAUACGAGUGCCUGGUGAUCACACGGAAGACUGACUGCUCAAAGCCAUAGAGUAGAGGAGGCACACAGUGCAGACCCUGCCACCUUCCCUUUGAUAAAGGCCAAUCGGAGCAGUCUUCACCUUUCACCCAGAGUUCCUUCUGUCAAAUUUUAAUCUCAAAUCUUGAAAAUAAUGUGAUUUGAAGUAUUGCCAUUUAGAUGUUUUCGAUUGAUCGGUUUACUUCUGCAGGUUAAAACAUAGAGUUAAUGUGCAUCAUUCUGUAGCCAUGUUUACCAUUUUUUGUUUUCCGGUUAUAAAAGGCCACACUUACCAGUUAAUGUUUCAGUUUGACUGGAUACAUUCAACUCACUUUGCCAAAUCCUACAGGUUUAGUUUACUGCACUGAUUCUGGAUCAGAACUUUGGGGUGAGAAUGGAAGACUUAGGUUUAAGGAUAGAAUGGUGCCAUAGGUUUAAUUUUUCAGGCCUUUUGGGGACAUUUGUCCAAUAUGAAACCAAUAUACCUUUAAUUUGGGGGAAGGGGGACAUAAUUUAUUUGUAUUUACAGCUGAUGAUGGAAUAAAUCAUUUUUGACUCAA